AUGUCUUCAACCUUUCACAGAUUCCCACGCCUCCCCAUUGAGAUUCAGCUCCAGAUAUGGAAGGAAGCAUGUUCUCUUUUUGAUAUCCCCGGCUAUGAUUCUUACAAGCAGGCUGGGUUGCACUACGUCGACGUUGACACAGUCAAGUCCGGGGGCAAAGAUCGACUUGCUCUACGAGCCCUCGACCAUAAACAAGGUCCUGACGGCGAUGAGAAAGCCUCCAAUAGCAAUCGCUCAGCCUACAUGUGGGACGGCGGCCUCUGGGGGGCUUGCAAACUGUCUCGCGAAGUCAUUACAGAAAAGAUAAAUUCCAUGUGGCUUCGGCUUCCCGGUGACCGUCGGGCCCAACUCGGCCGCCCAGCCAUUCUCACCAGUCGAAACGCCGAUGAAGGGCAGGGCUACAUGGUUUUCCCUCGACGAGACAUGCUCUGCAUCCGGACAACAGACUGGAAGUCCUUGCCUCAGCACUUCGAGGACUGCAAGACCAGACUCCCAUUCUUCGAUCUCUUCGAUCCCCUCUCCUCUUCAUUGGUUCCGGUUCCCAACCUCGCUAUUGAGUGUGAUUCUAGCUGGAUUGUCGACCUUCCUGCGACCCUGGAAGAGCUCAAAGCCGAGAACUCUGCUCGCGGUCUGGUGGCCACUUGGAUGGAGGGAGUAACAUCCGGAUGCGUCAACACACCCCACCUCUAUCUAAUAGAUAAGGCCACACUUUUGGUGCAUAAGACUCGCGGUCUAGGUCCUAUCUAUCAUGACUGCGACGGGAAGUACAAUGAUAUCCGUCACGAGUGGUGCAGCGAUGCCAUCUAUGCAUUUAUUGAAGCUCUCGGUAAAUUCCUUCCCUCCCAAAAGUAUGGUCAUCUAUACGAACAGAACAAUCCCGACAGUUGGAGCGACGAUCUCAACAUGUGGUCGGAUUUCGUAAUCUUCCAGGAAAUCAAUGUGCUCGCCCGUUUCGAGUACGCACCUCGUAAUGAGGUCAGUUGGACAGCCAUCUGCAACGACCUCUCCGAAGAGGAUAAAAAGGGCUCUGAAAGAGCUAUCACAUCUUGUGGAAGGGUUUAA